GACACAAGCCUGUGGGUCGUGAAAACAGAGGCGGUGGGAGGAGUGUUUGAGAUCCACGAGGUGGACACGUAGGCUUAUCUUUGUACAUUCAGCUUACAUCUGCCUUUUUCUAAGGUUUUGAAAAGAAGUUCAUUCUCUUGACCAGAUUCUGCCUUUGAGAAAGAAAAUGAAUCACGAUCAUGACCAUGACCAUGGAACAACAUUGAUGCCUAUGAAUACAACCAUGAACCAUCAUAUGCACCCCAACACCUCCAUGAACCAUGGUGACCAUAAUAUGCCUGACGACCACAUGGGGCAUGACAUGAACCACAUGAUGCAGAUGUAUUUUCAUACUGGGGUAUCAGAGUAUAUUCUUUUUGAAAAAGCUUACACAAGCACUACAGGAGGUAUGGUGGGAGCAUGUUUUGUGAUGUUUGCAUUGUCCAUCCUAUAUGAAGGACUCAAGUUUACUCGAGAACAUCUCCUACGUCGAGCUGCAGCUCGUAGUGCUGUUGUUUACACUCCAUCUGUUUCAGCUAAUUCACGUGAACAAAUGGUUGGAACUGUGGAACCAAGUAUCAGUGCCAAGAUGCUGAGUUGUUCUCACGUGGUGCAGACGUUGCUUCACAUGCUGCAGGUGUUCCUUAGCUACUGCCUCAUGCUCGUCUUCAUGACUUUCAAUGUCUGGCUGUGUCUGGCCAUAAUACUGGGUGCUGGCUGUGGCUACUUCUUAUUUGGCUGGCGCAGAGCUAUGGUUGUGGAUAUCAAUGAACACUGUCACUAACACUGGGGCAUUGAUGUUUUUAACAGUUUUAUGCCAGGGGUUAGUUUUGUGGUUAGGAGUGGGCAAGGUAGUUUCAGUGGGAAAUCAUUUGCAGUGAAUUAGUGUUUAGACUGGCUAGAUGAAUAAGGCAUGUAAGAACUUUUAACUUUUAGCAUGAUGGCAUUUUCACCCAAGAAAAGAAACAAAGAAGAAAUAGCAACGCACUCCAGAACAUAGUUUCAUGUCUGUAUGUAGUAUAUACAGACAUAAUGGGAAGACUACACAGACAUGGUAGGAGGCCGGUUGGUGGUUUUAAAGCUAGACUGUAACUAUUGAUGCUAGCUUUUGAGUAUGAGAUUCAGUAAGGGAAUGAGUCUUCACAGAAGGCUGGCAGGGAAUAGUUUUACAGCAAGUAUGCUUGAAUAUAUGUGUGGCAAUGAUGUCUAGUAAACAGAUUACAAGGCUAUUUGUGCUUAGGUUUCAGAGAUAUGAACGCAUACAUAUUUCUGGAUGUGUUCUUUUACUGUUUAUAAACACUAUGUGUAGGGAUUUGUGUGCACUUUUAUUGAGAAAACUUGUUUUUUUCAUUUAUCCAUGGCCCACCUUUUUAUUUCAUGUUCUCCACUUUGAUGGAGGUGGAGGUGAAGAAAAUGAUAUUGAAUAAAUAGUUAAGAUAUUUUAGUUGUAAGUGAUUCAGCUGCGUCUAUUGGAGAUUUCAAACUCGUUCUUUCUUUUGAAGAUGAAGAUGGUGAUGUGUUAAUAUUUCAGUUAUCUUACACACACACACACAAUCUGAUACAUGUCUAUGUUGCAUGCAUGUAAGCUUGAUAAUCUACGUGCUUUUUAUUUUUGAAAACUAAUUUGAGUAUAAAAUUAUUUUCCAAAAAAUUUAGUUAGCUGUUAAACACAUUAUUCUUACAUUCAGAGAAAGUUCAGAUAGCAUUACAAGUGCAUGGCUAAUUGACAAGCAUGCUGUCAAAUUGGCUUUGACCUUCAGGGCUACAUCAACAUUGUCUUACCUAGCCCAGUUUAAACAUUAAAUCCAUUUUCAUUUUUAAAACAACAAUCCGAUGGAUAAUUUACCUGAAGAAAUUUCGUAGACUAUUAUUCAAGGAAGGUAUCAAGCUUAGCUUGUUUGACUUCAGCUGCCUUGAAAUAACUGUCAACCUGUGCCUUCUAAAAGACUCCAUUAUUGUUGGCCCUUUAUAUUUAGUGAUCAUUUAAAUUCCAGAAAUAUAUAUAUACACAAUGAUUGCACACACACACUAGCAUUAGUACAUUUCCAGCAGCCUUUCUUGAACUUGAAAAUCAUUGAGUUCUUGUCCUUUCAUUGAUAAAAUGGACCUGAUGCUAACAAAAUGGCAGACUUUGAGUGCUUUGUGCAUCUUAGUUGACACUAGUGUUGAUUGCAAUAUACUCUGCUUUCACAUUAGUCUUUCACGUAUUUGUAGGUUAUAAUUAGAUCUUCUAAAAGGUUGUAAAUAUUGCUUUUCAAAGGUAGCGGUGAGCAAAAACUGUUAAAUGUUUAUUAAAGAUGACAUUUUGGUUCCCUAGCUGAUAGGCUGCAAAAGAGGUCAUAGUAAGAUCUGUAUAUUAGUCACCUGGAUUAAAACAUCAUUACAGCAAAAUUUGAAGAAAAAAAUGUACAUUAUCACAAGAAGUAUCACAUUACUGUAUAACCAAUAACUGAAACUUUCUGGUAUUUUUUCUUCAUUGCAAAAUCAUCAGUGUCAGUAGCAUUCUUUGCCACGAAAGCAUCCAGAGACAAAACAUAUUUGUGAGUGCUUUCUGCUUCAAAAAUAAUUCAACACCAGAAAAAUAUAUUCUUUUAAACAAAAAUACUGAGUGAUCAUUUUAUUUUAUUUUUAGCAUGUUGCAUUUGGCAUACUAUUUUUGAGAUUCAGAGGUCAAAACUAAAAAUGUUGGUUUCACAUGUCACGCCUCAUGCUUUUAAAUAUCUCCUUUUGUGUAUAAAUGCGCUAAUUUUAUCUAUAAAUUUCUGUUGCUGUCUUUUUAACCACCAUCUUCUAGAUUAUGGCAAUUUAAUAUGUGUGUUUAAAGGUGCUUUACACAGUGUAACAGUGGGAAAAAAUUGUGUACUUAUUUACUUAACAUCAAAUCGUGUUAAGGAGCAAAGCUAUACAGUUAGUUUUUCAACCACCAACUUGAGUAUAUGGAGGGGAAAAGACCUAUUUGUCUCGCGCCAAAAUGGUUUUUUUAAUUAUUAUUUAUUCUCGUUUUGCUAGUCACUUUGUUCAGUAACGGUUCUUCAUAAAAAAAAAAUUAGUUUGAAUUGCUGUAAUGAGUUUUACAGGGUCUGCACUGUGCCAGUGCUUACAUUUAUAAAUAUAUUUCUACAGGGUUUUUGUAUAUCUUUAAGCAGAUGUAAAUCUGUAUACGCAGAGGGCAUAACAAUAUAUCAAAUUUCAGACACUUGCUUUGAUAUUCAGUUCAAAAGGUCAACUGAACGUGAUUAUAUUCGCGUCUAAUUCGCAAUGAGAGUAAUGACUAUAAAUGACUGCACAGUACAGUGAGGGCUGUUGUGAAAUCAAAAUGUUUAAUGGACCUGCUGACAGUUGGAGUAGCGCGUGAUGCCUUUGCCUGAUAGUGCACACGACUUCGUCUGGUCGAGGUGUACCGUUGGCACUGGAAAGGACAGGUAGUCUACAGUUUCCACACUUCUAGCCACAGGUGUACAUGUUUACAGUACAACCACGGACUUGUAUAGGGAGACAGAUUCUUGUACAGCUGUGGCUCAGGACUAGUCUUGGGGAGGCUCAAAGCACCGUCCACACCUUUUGCUUGUGCACUUCGACCAUAUCUUCUACAAUGUUUUGAGCUUCUGUAGAUAUAUGUUUAGAGGACCAGUACACCAUGAAAGGAGACAAUUUGUGGUAGUGUUUCGUUAAUUACGUUAAAGGUAUCAUUUGCAGGUCUUACAACCGGAUUCUGUAUGGCUGCAAUCUGUCGAGGAAUCAGCAAUAGGUAAUGGACAGUAGUAAUAAAGGUAAUUGAAUUUGUAGAGCGCAUUUUCCCUUGUGGAGGUGAUCUAAAUGCGUUGUACAUGAAAAACUACAAAUGAACGGGCAGUCCAACAUACUAGAAACACAAGCGUAAGCAAACACAGGGCACCUUAACAAACAGGAACAACGUGUAUGGGUGAGGAUGUACAAGUGAGGAGGAGCAGAAUAUUUCGCUUGAUUAUAGACAUGUACCCUUUGAUUGUUACACUAUGAUGGUUUUUAACAAUGUUUCUGAAAUAUCAAAAAAGAGAACAAGAAUGAGCAAUGUAAAAAUACUCUUAGGUUUCAGUUGCUAUGAUGUCAAAGCUUUGUCCUUGUGUAAUAAUUUAAUGUGUUUUGUUUUUGGUUUUUUUUUGUUUUUUUUUUUUACUUCUGCUACCGUCAUGGUCGCUACAUGAAAUGUUAUGAAAACAUUACAGGUGGAGUUCAUAAACAAAGAAUACGUUGAGAAAUGUUGCAAAUAUCGUUUAGUUAAGCUGUUUACACCCUAAUUAUACAUUUUAUUUCACGCCGUUGUAUGCAGAGACAGUGUAAAUGUUACGGAAAGGAAAAAAAGUAUUUUCGGACAA